AUGUGUCAGACAAAUCUCAUAAGCCCUUUCUUUACGAUAUGGAAAAAGAAAAUACAGUACUUGAGUGAUUAUUGUAGCUUACAAGUGCUUGGUUAUGUGUUAACACCGUCUCCUGCAACCUUAUUUAAACGAAUAUUCUGGUUAGUAACAAUAUUGGCCAGCAGCGUGUGUUCAGUAAUUGUAUUGCGCGGAGCUCUUGCAAAUUACACGUCUGAUGCAGUUUCCUAUUCUGUUGAGACGAACUACUUGGGGUUCAAUACACCCUUCCCCGCUAUAACGAUAUGUGACUGUUGGGUGGAGUCACAUAAGAAGAUUGUCGAGAAGUAUUUUAAUGUGACGACUGUCUCAGAAGGUCUUGUAGACUUUGCAAAGGAAGUAAGUUUUUGGAGCGUGAAAUUUUGCAAGCAAUGCUUAAAGUGCGAGUUGGGGCGGACAUGCAUUGAGGACUUUUCUGGCCUGGUCAAGUUUAUAAGAAAAAAGUGUACGGAACUAUUCGUGGGAUGUACGUGGAACGAUAAGCCGUUCCCAUGCUGUGAAAAGUUUUUACCUAUCGAGACGGAAUUUGGGACUUGCUUCGUAUUUAACUCACGUUUGACUGGCAGCGAGACUUUGUACACUGUCAACCGAAAAGUAGGCCUCCACACCCUGACGUUCGAGACAAUGACUAAAAUUAUGAUACGGGUCCAUUCAUCAGAUGAGAUGCUAAGUGUAGCGUCAGAUAAAGUUACGAGUCGAUGCGAUAUAUUGCCACUUGUCAGCGAUCUGGAUCUCACAUUAUCUGCGGAACAAACAGUAAAUGACGUAUCAGUACAACGAUUGUUACCUUUAAGCCGGGACUGUUUGUUUGAUCACGAAACGCCUGCGUUUGCGCACCUAUGGCCUUUCAAAAAGUAUUCAUACGGAGCGUGCCUCAUGUACUGUCGAGCAAUCACGCAGAUUGAGGCUUGUAAUUGUACACAUCAUUUCAUGCCCAAGAUAGGUAAUUAUGAAAAAUGUGGCAUAGACGGUCUGAUUUGUUUCCAAGAACAUAAAGUUAUAGAUCGGUUGGCCGUUGUUAAUUGCAAUUGCCCGAUGUCCUGUAACGCAGUUAUGUACGAAACCGUCCACGUAACUUGUCCGCGUCGUAACAGUAAAGUAUUGGAAGACGUCUCUCAUAGCUUCAGUGUUACACGUGGUCGAAUACGUUUGGGACACCUGCCUACACUGAGGGUACGUCGUCACGCCAUCAGAGAACUCCUCGGUCUUGUGGUGGACAUUGGCGGUGUUAUAGGAGUAUUUUUCGGAGCCUCCUUACUCAGCUUCAUUGAGAUAUUUUAUUUGCUCUGCAUAAGAAGAUAUCAUUAG